AUGUCCUCCGAAGAACCGGAUCCCCUCUCAGGGUCAGGCGUCACGAUGCACUCCGACAGCGAACAAUACUCAGCCGGAGAAGACCUACUACCCUCGCCACCUUCAUCUUCCUCUCCACCGGUAGUCCUCUAUAAGCCUCCCACCAUCUGGUCUAUGUUCCGAGGUGUAGCUAUUAACCUACUAUUACCAUUUAUCAACGGUAUGAUGCUAGGAUUUGGCGAGCUGUUUGCGCAUGAGGCUGCUUUCAGGUUAGGAUGGGGAGGCACAAGAGUCUUCCCUCUCUCCCGGCGGAGAGCACAUGCUAUCGGUCCAGGUAUCGAAAUCCGCAACCGACCUAAACCGCGACCCGAUCUACAAGACCUGACUAGCCUCGAAUGA